AUGUUACAAACAGUCCUCGUCAUUGCCGCCGUGCUGGCUGUCGCCGCCGCCGCCCCAUCUCCGGAUAUGCCGGGCUACAAGCUCGCUCCGGCCCCCUACCACCCGGCUUCCCCCCAUAAGCCGGCCUCUUACCGACCGGGGUUCCAGUACAAGGAGGAAGCCAAGCCGUUCGCCUACGACUACGCUCCGGCGUCUUACCACCCGGGGCCCCAGUACGAGGAGGAGGCCAAGCCGUUUGCUUACGACUACGCCGUCAACGACCACUACACCGGCACCAACUUCGCCAAGAAGGAGGAGAGCGAUGGCCACAACACCCAGGGAUAUUACUCGGUGGCUCUGCCCGACGGCCGUGUCCAGCACGUCAAGUACGUCGUCGACAACUACGGCGGCUACAACGCUGAUGUCACCUAUGAGGGAGAGGCCCAGUACCCACAAUACCACCCCGCCCCUGCCUACAAGGUUUCUGCACCUGCCUAUAAGGCUGCCGACCCAGCAUACAAGCCUGUCCUUAAGUCUGCGUACAGCAAUGCCGCCCCGCCUGCGACAUACUAG